AUGCCUGGAUACGAGUUAUCUUCGGCGGACCGAUCAGUAAUCGACAAAAAGAAUUUAUGCCCUAAAUGUGAGGGUCUUCUUAGAGAAGCUGUCCAAACAAUAGCAUGUGGUCAUAGAUAUUGCAAAGCAUGUAUGGAAACGAUUCUUUGGUAAGUACGUCGUGUCACCUCAUCAUUGUCCUAGCCAGCUGAAAUAUGCUACCUCUAAAGUUAGUGGUUAACUGUAGAUAAAUGACUGAUAUAAUGAGAAUAACUAAACAAAUCAUGCUGUCGAUAGCUUCCGUGGCUAAUGUGAUGCAGAUAAAUGGAAACUGUAUAUCAAGCCCCAGGUUGUUCAAAAGUUGGAUAAUUAACAAUUAGUCGACGAGGGCGACUUGAAUAUCGGCGAAUAGUCACCGAGACGAAGUCGAGGUGACUAUUCGCCGAUAUUCAUGUCGCCUUCGGCGACUAAUUGUUUUAGCAUAAUUACUUUGAUGAUUAUUCGAGAAAUAAAAUUGUUGAUCAAUUUCCGACCCCGAAACAUCAACAAUUCAGGCUGCUAUUUUGAAACUGCUAGCCUUCAAUGUUAUAAUCACCGCGCGGUGAUUAUAAGCGGGAUGAAGCGAAGCUCCUAGCCAAUCAUAGCGCUCUAUUUUCGCUCUGUUUUUUGAUCAUCAAUGUAAUUAUACUAAUGCUGGAUAAGUUACUCUCCAGUGAAGAAAGCAGUUAGUUAUAAAUUUCCUUGAGACGUAUUCAGUGGACAGUGAUCUACCCGGUGGAUAACGCUAUCCAACUGAUCAACUGAGGGCGGUGAAAACAGAUUAACUACAUACAGUUAACUGGCAAACAAAAAUCAAAUAAAUACCCGACAAUUAGGUUUUCUUCGUAUUACUGGUUGAUACACACUGACCUCUUUCCCUAAUAAAUUUACAGGCAAGAAGUUGGAAAGUGCAUCAUCGAUGGAUCGGAUAUUCAUAGAGAACAGGUUUACCUUCUUUUCUAUAAUCAGAUUUGUCGUUAGUGAAAUCUUCUGAACACAUACUAGGCCGGUCUGAAAUAUGACACAGCUCUGUUUUAGCCGCGCGCCACCCAGUUAUGAUGCUGCAUCCUCAUUCACCCUGCCCCACCCCAUUUCGAUCCUUUAACUUUUCUUUAGCUUAGUUGGAAGAGCGCUUGAAUUCUNUCUACCCGGUGGAUAACGCUAUCCAACUGAUCAACUGAGGGCGGUGAAAACAGAUUAACUACAUACAGUUAACUGGCAAACAAAAAUCAAAUAAAUACCCGACAAUUAGGUUUUCUUCGUAUUACUGGUUGAUACACACUGACCUCUUUCCCUAAUAAAUUUACAGGCAAGAAGUUGGAAAGUGCAUCAUCGAUGGAUCGGAUAUUCAUAGAGAACAGGUUUACCUUCUUUUCUAUAAUCAGAUUUGUCGUUAGUGAAAUCUUCUGAACACAUACUAGGCCGGUCUGAAAUAUGACACAGCUCUGUUUUAGCCGCGCGCCACCCAGUUAUGAUGCUGCAUCCUCAUUCACCCUGCCCCACCCCAUUUCGAUCCUUUAACUUUUCUUUAGCUUAGUUGGAAGAGCGCUUGAAUUCUAAGCGGCAGGUCUGGGGCUCAAACCCCGGCCAGACUAACGACCACGGUCUUUAAAUAAUUAGGUGAUCCAACAUUGGGCGGUGUUCUUCCUUCAACUUAAUACGAAGAGGAUGCAAAACCACACUCUCGAUCGAAAAGUGUAGGGGAAAUCUCUCCGUUGGUGUGGUCCACCUCUACCUCUUCCAUCACAUCACUAGCCACAUUUCUCAUACAUAAAAUGGACCGAUAACGGACGUCGGUGGUGUCAUUUUACGCUGAACCACGUGACCAAGAUUUUGUCAUUUACUGUUCACCAUAGCUACCCAUAAAAAGUAGUUUUAUGUCACUUUCAUCCACAAAAAGUAUUUUGGACAAUUUUUAUCUUCUCAUUUUCUAAUUUAAGAAAUUCUAGCUUUGAGGUUUGUCGGAAACGUGAUUCUAAUCCCUGUAGCUGUAAUAAAUCACCUAAAGAGGACACAUUAUGUUGUCUUAUCCGCCACCUUAGACAUUUUGCCAUUCUUUUCAUUUACCCUGCAUGGGACAAUUAGUAACUGUUAUUUUCCUGUAGCAAUACUUUGUUUCGUAUCAUGAUCACUCUGCAGGUAUUUUUGGACCGCUUUGUCGAGCGUGAAAUCCAGUCCCUUUUAGUCCAUUGCAUUCAUCAAGAAGAAGGAUGUGAUUGGAAAGACGAGCUUAGAAAACGAGAGGUAACAACUAAGCUUCUAUAUGAUGUUCAAAAAAGUCAUGAUGUAUACCCACUUCCAGCCCUACUGAGAAGGGCGGUCCCAGGCGGGUUAAUCUGUAGCCGUGAAACACUGAAAAGCGGUCACUCGUGAGGCAAAAAAUAUAUUAAAACAUUUUUACCUUACACCUUGUCAUGAAAGUGCCAAGGUCGCUUUAAGAGAUUUUUUGUCUUGUCUUGGGUUUAUUGAUUCUAUUAUGGUGCUAAACAGACCACCCAUCGCAACCAUCGGUUUUACUGUUCAGAUAGACCCUCUGUGAUGCCCAUACUUGUAUCAGCUGGAUUAUCUACGAAAUACGUAGAGAUGUAGAUAUAAUAGACGAGAUAAAGUGGUUUUCAAUUAGGUCAAAGUAGUAUAGGGCGCAAGAUUUACCUACGUGUUUUAUCCGCGCGUAAACUUAAGAACAUUAUCGGAGUAAAGCAAUCUUUAAUUUACUCGAAGAAGUAUAGGGCAAAUUAUUUAAUCCUUGUUUUGGAGCAGAAAUGUUAUCAACGUGUGUCAGAAUAUUACCGGAAUAAAGCGAUUUUCAUUUUGGCUCAAGUACAUUUAGUAUAGUCCUUUUUCAAUAUGCUAAUGAAGUCUCCGCCAAUACAAAACAAAAUUACUUUAAUCGCGCGCGUCUUUCUUUUCUCGGUAUUGGCAACAAAACAUUUUCUCUGAGUUCUAACUUAUAUAUAUUUUUGGUUUUACAAUGAUCGUAGCUGGAAAGUUGCCGAUUCUACAAUGCAAUUCUUCGCGUAUUGUUUUAAAUUAUCGUUAUUAUUAUCUCGUCCAUUAUUGUCAUAAUUGUCAAUUGCGUGUUCUCGUGUGUUAGGAUCACGAGGCUGUGUGUGAGUACGUUAAAGUUCCAUGCGUGCAUUCAGGAUGCGGUGAACUGGUGACUAGAUCACGCCUGGUGGAGCAUCUUGAGAAGUCGUGUCAAUUCAGAAUGGAAAAAUGUGACCUCUGCCAAACUCAUAUUGAGUUUGCAUUUUUGGAGGUAAGAAUAACUCUACUGAAAUCGGUUGUUUACCCUUAAGUUGUCGUCAUUUGGAACAGGAUCCUUAAUUGAUUUAAUACUUAACGUACUUUUACAUCUUCCUUUACAACAACAAAUUUCUGACGCUUAUUGACUCUUUGGAAAUUCCUUCAUGCCUCUAAGCUCCCACGGUCUUAAAUCGACAGAAAUCGUUGCUAAUAAAAGGUCUCAUAAACAUGAGAUCUUUUUACCUAAAUUAAUGGUCUCCAUUUAAAACCAUAGUAGCCUGGAAAGUAUGUUCAGAGCGAUCUCUAGCUUGAUGACUAAUAUACAUAAUUCAUUGUGCACAGGAACACCAAGAAUCUCAGUGUCCCUCCGUCCCUGUGACUUGCACAGAAUGUGGGAGAAAGGACAUACCUCGUUCUCAGGUGAGUUAUGCUCCGAGAGGUUUUCUUCUCCUUGGUGUUCUGUUCUUACACACUCCUCGAAAUAAUGAUUACAGAUUCAAAUUUGAUUUGCAACGCACGCGUAAAUGUGUAAACGGGUUCUUAAGAGCUAGCUCCUAUACUAUCUUUCUUACUCAGAUGCGUGCCCAUAUUGAUCUGGUAAAUGGAGACUGUGAAGAAAUACUAUCAAGUUGUCCAUGGACGCAAAUUGGAUGCCCUGAGACUAAGGUAUGCAAAUACUUGACAUUACUUCAGUUAAGAGGGGAUCGCCCAUUAAAUGGACCAACGUUGAAAAAAAAAAUGACACUGAUAGCUUUUUGCGUAAAUGGUCACCACACUUAAGGAGUUGCCACUACUUUGCCUUACUUACUUGUUUGUGGGUGUGUGUUGUGGUGGGGUGCGGGUAUACGUCAGUGGGAGAUCUGAUAUGCUUUCUUUGUCUACUACGGUAAACUCCUACUGAAAGGUCCUUAGAUUGUGCAGGUAAGAGAAGAAAAGAAGUCUCCGGAAUGCCCAAUACUGAGUUGUGAUCAAAGGUACCUAAGAACCACUUUUGAAUCCGCUUGAAGUUUGACUGCAUGCUCCAAGUCAGCAAUCACUCGGACAUUUCUAGAAGGGCUGCGUGUUUAUUAAAGUUUCUAAGCAUUAAUACACUACGUCGUUUUCGUUUUCUUUAGACUAUGAAGCUUAAGGAACGAAGAAUGCAUGAAGAGGAAAAUGCUUCCGGUCACCUGAUGCUCCUAUUUCAGACCGUAAUGCAGCUCUUCUCGAUGAUUGGGAAGACCAUGCGGGAAUCUGGACACGUGUCAAUGAAUGGCGUAAAUCUACCAAAUCAGAAAGAAUUGGAGCGCUAUGCUAAACAAGUUGAGAAUACACUGAGAGAAAAUGAAGAACUAAAAUCAAAACUGGUUCAACAAGAAGAAAGAAUAAGGCAACUGGAAAGUUCUAGACAGAAUAGUUCAAACUCAGCAUCAGCAUUUGAUUCAACGCUCGCCAAAGAGCUUUUACAGGGGUUAACUACAGAAGAAGGAAAGACGGCCAAUCUCGAACUUUUGCUCGUUGAAGGAAACAGAUUAAAUGAAGAACUACAGAGAAAAGUGUCUACCGUAGCCAGGCAACAGGAGUCUUCGACUGGAACAACCGAUCGACUACAGAGACAGUUCGAGUCCAUGAGUCACUCACUAGCACUUCGUAAUGUUAUGCUGACAGAUUUGGACGAAUAUGUGAGGCAGCAGGAAGUCUCCAGUCACGAUGGAAUCUUGCUUUGGAAAAUCACCGAGUUCGCUAAAAAACGGCAAGACGCCGUCUACGGGCAACAGACGUCAUUUUACAGCCCGUGCUUCUUUACCAGUCGCUAUGGAUACAAGAUGUGCGCGCGCAUCUACUUGAAUGGUGAUGGUAUUGGAAGAGGGACACACAUCUCGGUAUUCUUUGUUGUCAUGCGUGGUGAGUACGAUGCGUUACUCCGCUGGCCAUUCAGACAGAAGGUUACGUUCAUGCUGCUUGAUCAGAAUAACGUAGAACACGUGAUCGACUCCUUCAGACCUGAUCCAAACAGCUCAUCCUUCCAGAGACCAAGAAGAGAAACAAACAUCGCUAGUGGGUGCCCUACAUUCUGUCCAUUGUCGGAGUUAAACGACCAUGCCUACGUCCGAGACGAUACUAUGUUUCUGAAGGUCAUAGUCGACACGACGGAUUUAUAA